AUGUCCUCUUCUGCUCAAAUCGCAAAUCGCCAGAGCUCCGGUGAUGAGAACACGGAGGAGGAGCGAGUUGCGUAUUCCUCCACUGUACACAGGCUCAUCAUUUUUAUCAAUGGAGGAGCAAUUGGAUUGCUCCAGGUGGUCACAAAUUCAUCAACCAACGAAGCAGAACGUAGAGCCAAGAUCUUAUGUUUCUGGCUCUUCACUCUUAUCUACACCAUCCUCCGAGUCUUCGAAGUCAAGCUUCGAAACAAACCUAAUAUCCGUAACUUCGCUGGAAACGUUAGUCAUCUCUUUGGAGCUAUCGCAGCUCUUAUGAUCAUCUCCCUUAUUUCGCCAAGGUUCACUCUCAUCGUUAUUGCUCUCUGGCUUGUUUGGUUCUUCGUUGUUAUGUAUGUCUCUUUCUCGGAUCUCGUAUUCCCUAAGGACAACGCCGUAGAUCCACCGGAUUAA